AGGGGAGAGAGAUUAUUUAUCUUGAAAAGGGACUUAAAGUGAAAAUGAAGAAUGGAGAGGGAGAAAUAAGUAGGAACUUAGGGAGAAUUUAGUAUUGUACAAAAGUUUUAUAUAUACAGAGCUUGUGCAUCUCUUGGUACCUGUGUUCUUGACUUUUUCUAUAUAUUUUGAUCAAAAUGUUUUUAAGACUGUUCUAAAAAACUGUUGGAAGUAUUUGACCCCUAAAUUAAGUGGAACCUGCAUUACUAGAUUUUGCCACUUGGGGGCAGUGUGACACGCUGUGUCAAUGUCACAUUAUUACCUUAAAAGGUUAAUAUAACAGACUUGAUAGCAAAUGACACACCCAGCAGACACAACAUUAGCAUUCCUUUUGAAUUGUGUUUGUGUUCACCUGAGGAAUUUAAGUCCAAUAUUCAGUCCUCUUUUUGUUUGGUCUCCUGAAGGAAAUACCCAAGGGAAAUACCUGGCACUUUAGUUCCUUAAUUCUACACUAUGUUUACCACAGAUGUCCUGUAUGUAAUGGGAGUAGACUAACUAACUAAACUAAUCAAAAUAUUACUGAAAUGGCAAUAUGGCCAAGUACAAAUCACAGGAGCUGAAACAACACAACAAUCUCUAAAAUACUCCUAGUUAAAAACAAUUUUGUGCUGUGAAAUUUAUAUUGAAUAAUGUGCAAAUUUAGCAAGUUUACUGCACAAGGAACAAAGGAGUUUUUACCCAUAUUGUACUUGAACUUGGGUACUCUGAAUCAUCUGCCUGAGGGAAGAGUUUCAAACUCACAGAGAAGGGGCUGAUCUGAGCAGUCUAGAAUAGAACUGGCUUAGUGGAGGACCUGCUGGUUCAAGACGGCCAUCAGGUGGGUCUGUGGGGCACCUAUCACCUUGCCAGCCACCUUCACAAUGCGGCUCACAUGAUUUUUAUCCUUGAUGUUCAAGUUACAGUACCACGCAAUAAUAUAGAUUGUGAAAACAGGUUGGUUAAAGGACUUGUAGGACAAGGACAUCAUUUUACUGUUUCAGUUUUUGGUCAAUGACUGUCCCAAGGUACAUUGUUCAACAAAUUCAAUGCCAGUUCUUUUGAUGAAGGUCUGAGAUGCUGUGUGGAAUGACUUCUUUCUAAAAUCAGUGACCAUAUCUUUGGUCUUUAUGGUGUUUAAUUGGAGGAAGGCAUCAUCGCACCACAUGACAAAACUCAUCCACCCCAUGCUUGCCUCUACAGUCAUUGGUGUAAAGACUGUACAGCAAAGGAGACAGUCCACAGCCCUGUGGAGAGUCAUUUGAGGAGAACAGACAUUUUGACAGGGAGCCAUUAACUCUCACCCUCUGAGACCUGCAUGUUAAAAAAUCUACAAUCCAACCUAUAAGAUUUACAUCAAGAUUAGAAUUAGUAAGCAGUUCCCUUGCUAAAAUCCUGACAGUGUGAGUACAAAUACAGAAAAUCCUGUACCCAAUGAGAGCCAACAUUGUAAUAUUCACAACAUUUCCAUAAAAACGUAAAACAUCUCUCAUCAGAAGCCUCCUACAACAACAGCUGAAAGUUAAAAAAAAAAAACAAAAAAAAAAAAAAAACACAUUAUAUAUACACACAUAUAUCUGGGUUUCACAGGGUUAAGUAGCAGAUGGUGACAGAGAUAUUUGUAACACAGGUUUCCCUUCAGACUUUUUGGUGAUAAAUACAGUGAGCUACCAGGUAGGUAAUAUUUGAAUGUUGAUAUUGUGCCUGAAAAAAGAUCAUGACUGUUGGCUAAUGACACAGAAGAUGUCUGUGUGAAAAUAUGUCUGUAGACAGACUUUGCUUUGUUGAUGCAGUGUAUAAUCAUGGAGAUUACAGCAUAGUCUUAACAGUGUCAGUGUCAGAGGAACUAGUUCACACAAGUCCAGCCCUGUCAUGACGAUGUAAGACAGCCAAAAACAUCUUACACAUAUCAUAUUUCAGUCUCUGUGACUUCCUGUUGUUCCCUCUUUUUCAUAUGAAAUGUUCCUGUGCCUCUGUCAUUUCCUGUACUAGAAUAUCAGUGCAUUUACAUCCAUCUUCACACACUCUCUCACUCACCAAAUUUAUGGUGGAUAUGUAUCUAUGUGUGUGUGUGUGUGUGUGUGUGUGUUUGUGUGUGGGCGGGGCGGGUGGGGGGGGUCAGGGUGUGGUAGGGAUUCAGUGGGUGUCUCCAUAACAGGAGAGCUGAAGAAAGUGACAGAACUGGAGGGAUGAGUGUCUGUGACAGUACGGUGAAGGGAACAGAACAGGAACAGAAAUUUAUAAAAGAUUUUGUACUCUCUCUCUGCUCUGUGAGGGUAACACAACAUCUAGCAUUGGUACCAGAAUCCAACAAAAAGUGACCGGCUCUGCUUCCUCUCUAUAGAGCAGUUAUGUCAAACUCCACAAACAAUGAGCUCUUCUGCCCACUGCUACAGGAAAUGCGGGGGCACAAGCCUAACAUCAGCACAGAGGUCAAUCUGGUGGUGGUUUGUAUCCACGGUCUGGUCUCCUGCCUUGGGAUUUUGGAGAAUGCCCUGGUCCUCUGGGUGGUUGGCUUCCGCCUGCGGCACCGCACUGUAGCCUCUGUCUGGGUUCUCAACCUAGCCAUGUCUGACUUCCUGGCCACAUUGACGCUCCCCCUCUUCACCUCUUACCUUUACCACUCCCAUAGCUGGGAGCUUGGCGGCCCACUCUGCAAAAUACAGGCUUCCAUCUUCUUCCUAAACAUGUUUGUGUCAGCCUUCCUACUGGCAGCCAUUUCACUGGACCGCUUACUUCUGGUGGUGAAGCCAGUGUGGAGCCAGAAUCAUCGGUCAGUGGCAGGAGCGUGGAAGGUGUGUCUAUUGGGUUGGUUUUGGGCAGCAAUUAAUACAUUACCUUACACCGUGUUCCGCUCAGUUACUCAGAAACUGUAUCCAGGGUACUUGUGCUAUCAUAAUUUUGCCUUGAUUUUAUCCUCUCAAGCUACUCUGGAGAGAGAUUGCAAAGUGAGGCAGGCAGCAACAGCCAUCUCCAAGUUGCUGCUAGCAUUCAUCUUUCCCCUGAUGUUGAUUGCAGGGAGCUACAUCCAAAUAGCUCUCAUCCUAAGGAACAGGAGUAAGAAAAGGACGCAGAGCACCACCAGGUUAACUGAUGAACUGAUUGUGUCCAACAAAGAUGGAGCAUCAGGAACUACAAAUACCCCAAAUACCACAAAAAUUAUAAAUAUCCUUCUCAAGCCUCGGGCCUCUAGUCCAUCUUUGACACCUACUACCUUGUUCACUACCACCUCUAAUCAGACCAAUCAGGGCCAGCUGUCCCAGAGCUUCAUCAAAAUGGUGACAUUUGUGAUCGCAGCAUUUGCACUGUGCUGGGCUCCCUAUCACAUCUUCUGCAUGAUUGAAGUGACAGCCCAGUAUUGGAAAGACAAUCUCAGCUUAGUGGAGAAGGGGUUGCCCCUAGCUACAACCAUUGCUUUCUUGAAUCCAGUGUUGAACCCCAUUCUAUAUGCCUUCAGUUGCCCAAACUUUUGUGUGAGAAUACGACAGAGUCUGGGAGCAGUGUUUGAUGGACUGGUAGAAGAGCAAGGGGGGUUCCUGAUGGUCCCAGGAAAAAGUAUAAGAGCUCAUAUUAGACGGAAAAGCAGUCGAGAUGUGAACCUUGCAACACCAGGGUCACCAAAGGGUUCGUUUUCACCCCAUAAAUCACCUUACAUCCAACCUCCCUUCCCAAUGUCUUUGACGUCUGACAUCAACAGUCACACUGAGAAUACAGGACAAGAAUCAAGAACUGAGGUGGAGCGUAGCUGAGGUUCUACUGGAUUUUUAGCUGUAUGUUUGUCACAUACUGUAUGUACGUGUAUGCUUAAUUCCAUAGAAUGCCUGCAGCCUAUCACAUAAAAGCUGCAGCAAAAAGUAUUUGAUACAGGAAUUAGUAUGUAUGUAGUAUGGUAGUACAUAGUAUGUUGUGAUACAGUAUUUGCAGCCUUGCUAGGGAUAACAACAUCAAUAUGUUGAUCGGAUGAUCUACCACUUUGAUCCAGACUAAAAUAUCUCAACAACUAUAGGAUGGAUUUCCAUGAAAUUACACAGUGAUACAAAAAAUAAGGACCACUGCUGGAGAUUGAAGGUUUGUGCCAGGCAAUUUCUGGCCACCAGAGAGCAGUAUAGUACAGAUUGCAUAAGCAGAUGUGAAAUGAUAUGGUAGGAUUAUGCUUUUCAGGUCCUGUAAUCCAGGAGCACUUUAAAUGUGAACUGCUGAAUGUCUGAACACCUUCCUGAGUGAUUGGAUUUGAUCAUGUCUGAUAUCCAUUUUGACUGACUGACUCAUACUGACUCGUACUGUCUCAUUACCGCCACCGCAAUCUUUUUGGUUGGUUUCUGGUUCCAUCAUAUUCAAUUGGACACAUGCACCCCACGCACACACACACUCAUACACACACACACACACACACAGGCUGAGGUGUAAUGUAGGCCACAGCAACGUGGGAUUACCAUGGAGGUAGUUGUAAUUUGGAGAGAAUAUUAGAGAGUGAAGAUCCAGAAUAUAAAGACAGUGCAGGAUUAAACAUAACAGGUCAGACUGACAUACAAAGUUCCACUUUCCUCCCAGCCAUUCAGUUUCAACAGAUUAUCUUUUUUCUCUCUUUUACCCCUCUUUCUAUUCAUCCUUUUCUCUCCGCACUAUACCUUUUUGGCUGUACAGCAAUGCCUCGUCUUAACAAAGAGGGCAAAUUCAAUGAAAUCAAAGUGACAAAGAAACAGGAAGGAAAAAAAGGGAAGGAAUUAAGCAAGGAAAUCAUUUGUACAUUUCACUCACUAAGUAAUCAGCAAUGUUAAACACGGAUUGCAGAACAAGAAUUUGUUAAGAACGUUUUGAAAGGAUUUCUUAACGGUAGUAGUGGGUCAAGAUGGGCUGGUAGCUCAUGGGGUCAAUUAGUCUGUUUUGAUAAACACAGAAUAAACUACAUCUCUACAGAUAUAAAGAGUUAGACAUUACCUCUACCCACAGUCAUCCCCAUCUUCACACAAAAGACAACAAGUGAAGUGUCACAUACCAUAAUAUAACUCAGCAUGACAUGUGCCAAUAAUUAGUAGCUGCUCAUUAACAAAUACUUUUUGUUAUGCUUACUGGCUUUGGCUAUUUCAAAUCCAAUGUCUAGUCUGUGAUUUGGUGGCUGUGUGAGAAUUAUUGUUCAGUUAUGACAUGUAUUAAAUUUGUUGGGGGAAGAACUCUGAUUCUUGCGUUUUUGAAAGGUAAAACAUAAGAUUCAGCACCACCCCUCCCUGCUCCAGUGAUUUUCAUAUAGUCCCUAAGUAGAUGGAAAGAUGCAUGCAUGGAGGGGGCAUGAAAAUCCACAGAACAAGUAUCUAAGACAAGGCCAGCAAACCUAUACGAGGGAACUAAAGAGUCUUAAAAUUACAUGAUGCAAUUCAGAAAACCCCUGCAAAGGCGCUCAAUUGCAGAAAAGACAGAGACACAUAGAUACGAUAAAAUAUAAUCAAACAGCAGUACAGUGAGACCACUGGCAAUUUAUGACAUUGAAAACAACAGAGACAGAGAGAUUAUAUAAAGUGCUGUGAAAAACAGUUGGUAGAGAUGAGCGAUAAGGAGAGAAUGAAAGAGAGAGUAGGUGGAGGGAGGGGUGGUAAGUAUUGCUUUAAAGAGGUUUAAUGCACUGCAACAGUACUUAUAGCUGACAGAUGCUAGGGAAUCAAAGCCGAGUCACACGAAAUAAUUUACCAUGAGUACGUGUAUCCAGUAUUUCACAGAACACAGCAAGGCUAGAAUGUCUUAUAUGUGAGUCAUUUUACUGCAGAGUCACUACUUUUUCUUUUGGUACUUAAAAGUAUAUUUUCCUGAUACUAUACUUUUACUUAAGCAGGAUUUUUAUUUUAAUAUGCAGUACUCUUACUUGUAAUGGAAUAUUUUAAAACUAUGGCCUUCUUACUUAAGUAAAGGAUAUGAAUACUUCUUCCACCUCUGCUGCAUUUAUUACAUCAAUGCAAAUUUAUCCAAACAGAUACAGUAAACCAUAACAAUUGUCUUUAUAUAUUAUGAUCAAAAUUUGUGUAUGUUGAAAAAGUGUUUGAUAAAGUUCAGAUCAUCUAUUAUAUUUGUUUUCUUGCUGAUGACUCCACAAAUUUUCUUGGUUAAUAUCUGUGAUUUAAGAGUUGAAUAGAUGAAUAGAUCUUUAACAGUCUGAUAGUGUGAUUUUCAUAUGGAAAGUUAACAUCACACCAUUGACAUCGGAUAAAUGAGUGUCAUUCAUCAUUUUCGAUUCUGCUAAAUUAAUAUUUUAAAUGCACUGAGAGGAGAUCACUUGGAACUGGGUAAAUAAAAAAAUCAACCUAUUGUUGUAAAUGUCAGUAUUAU